AUGACGCAGGUCCUUGAUUAUUUCCGCAAAAGAAAAGAAGAUGAUCCUAGGUUCUACUACAAUUUUAAACUUGGUGAGGGCAAGAAAGUUCUAAGUCUCUUCUGGUCUGAUGGAAACUCACGGAGGAUGUAUGAGUUGUAUGGAGAUUGUGUCAGCUUUGACACAACAUACAAGACCAACAGAUACAACCUACCGUUUGCUCCAUUCGUAGGUGUAACCGGACAUGGUCACACUUGCCUAUUUGCUUGUGCAAUUAUACAGAAUGAGACAGCGGAAUGUUUCACUUGGUUAUUUCAAGAGUUCCUUCAUUGCAUGGGUAACAAAUCUCCAAAAACAAUCAUAACAGACCAGUGCUUAUCUAUGGCUACAUCGAUUCCUCAAGUGUUCCCUAAGACAGUUCACAGAAAUUGUUUCUUCCACAUAAGGAAAAAGUGUGAUGAAAAGUGUGGUAGAUCAUUUGCUACAAAAGCUAACUUACAUGCAGAAGUGUCAGAUAUUUUAUGUAAUUCGCUGACCAUUGAAGAAUUUGAGUAUCUUUGGCAAGAUAUGGUUCAGAAAUAUGAUGUUGGACACAUAAAAUACUUCAAUGCAAUGUGGAAAAACAGGGCGAAAUUUGUCCCUGUAUACUUCAAGAAGGAUUUCUUUCCUUUUCUUCAUUCUACAGCUAGAAGUGAGGGUACUAAUUCAGUUUUCAAGGACAACGUUGGUUCAACAUACAGUGUUAUAAGUUUCUUGGGUGAGUACCAGAGGAUCACUAAAGAUAUCGAGGAGAAGGAAAGAGAGCAGGAUUCAAUCACAAGAACUACUACACCUGAUUACUGGGUGAAGAGUGAAAUUGAGUAUCAGGCUGGGAGAAUGUACAACCGACAAAUAUUUUACAAGUUUCAGAGACAGCUGGGUUUUACAGCUAAACUACAUGUUGAUGAAAUUAUUAAAAAUGAAAGAUAUGAAGUCUACAAGACAAGAAUGCUUGCAGAAAAUGACUUCAGGUCUCGGAGGUUUGUUGUACUGGUUAAUCUACCAAUUGAAGACUUCUCUUGCAUUUGCUGCAAAUUUCAGAAGGAUGGUAUACUUUGUAGCCACAUACUUCGUGUACUUGUAAAUCUCAACAUUUCAGAACUACCAGCAAAGUACUUCAUUGAAAGGUGGAAGCCACAAGAUAGGAAGGUAGUGAGAGACAAGCAGUACAAUGUACCUUUGGAGCUCACAGAGAAGAACCGGCACCUCAGGUUUACUCUGUUGACAAAAAGGCUGGUUGAUAUUGCAUCUGAAGGUUCGCGUGAUAAUGAACGUUAUCUCUUGGUAGUAAAAGAAGCUAUUCAGAUAGAGGCAAAGUUAGAUGCAAUAAGUACAGCUCAGGAAGAAGCAGACAAGCAAAAGAAAAAUGGAAUCAGACAGAGAACAUACGUCCUGAUGUAG